AGCAUCAGCCAGACUCUUCUGCGUGACCUUUCACUGCGACCACAGGCCAUUGCCGCGAUGACUGCAAAAGCAGAGCUCUCAAGCUGGCCGGAGUGCCCAGAGGAUUUCACCUUGCUGCCGCAGCGCAACAUUUCCUACAUCAACUCCAAGGCUUGGAUUUCCUCUAAUUCCCUCCAUGCGUUCUCCAGGAGGGACGCGCACGGCGCUGGGGACGCGGGUCUCUCACUGGACAAACUUGGGCCAAUGAGUAAACUUCCCGACUGCUUGUCCGCUGCAGGCAUCGCAGAGACAGACUCCGACCAGGCAGCAGAGGGGGACAAGGCGAGCCACUUCGGCCCGCAGAAGCACCGACGCGUCGCAGCCAACGCCAGGGAACGGAGAAGGAUGCACGGCCUCAACCAAGCGUUUGACGAGCUGAGGAGCGUCAUCCCCUCGCUGGAAAACGAGAGAAAGUUGUCCAAGUAUGACACCCUCCAAAUGGCGCAGAUUUACAUCACUGAGCUAUCGGAGCUGCUGACCGGUGUGGUUGACCCGGAGUGCAGGAGUCCCCGUCCAGGCGCGGGGGACAAGACCUCCAUGAGGAGUCUGAUUCACUCGCUCGCUGACUUGGGUUCAAAUCAAUCAAUGACUUCUUCCAACAGCAGUGAUGGAGAAUCUUCUCACCUCAGUGACACGGAGGAAAGUCUGAGUGGAAGACAGUAACAGGACAACACUGAUUCUCACUGUUUAAACCACAGUGUCUGUCAGAGAAAGA